AUGUGCAAAGCGGAAUGCUGGGGCAAUCAGCACCGUUACGGGCCAUGCAACGUGAGCAACCCGCCUAUGUACCUGGAUGGUGCCGUGGCUGACUUUCCUCGUCAGCAUUACGUGAAACUCUUCGAAAGUGGCAACACGGUGGAUUGCGGGUCACCGACCUGCGGUCUGAGCAAGGCUCAUAUGCAUUCCUCGGAGAACUGUGGUUGCCCGAGGGUAUAUGAGGAAGUGCAACGCAUCCAGAAUCUCAUACGGUACUACUGCGACGAUUGUCAGCGACAAGGGUGGGGUGCAAUUGAGCGCGACUCUGGGCGCAUCUAUUGA